AAGACACUGGGGUUGCGGAGGGCUGUGACAGCUGUCAGGCCAUGACUAGGGCAGACCCGUGACUCAGGACAGCGUGAAGCCGACUCUAACACUGACCGGCGGCAGAUAUGAGUAGCGGUAGCAACUGCACAAGCCAUCUACUAGCAUUGGGGAUCCCCUCCGUGACGUUUGCGUGGGGACUGUGGGCCCUCUUAGGGGUUGUGACAGUGCUGCUUCUCGUUUUGCUGGCUGUACUCUUGUCCCAGUGGACCAGCCGUCGGAGCAGGAGUCAGGAGGCGCAGGGUCGCUCCGGAGAGUCCGUGGAAGAAAUUCCCCUGUAUGGGAACCUGCACUAUUUACAGACAGGACGGCUGUCUGAAGAGCCAAGGCCAGAAGGGCAGGACCCAUCUUCUGGAGGCCCUGCCAGGGCUACGGAGGAGGCCACGUGCUACACUAGCCUGCAGCUGCGACCUGCACAAGGUCGGAUCCCCAGCUCUGGGACCCCCAUAAAGUACUGUGAGGUGGUGCUGGACUCUGAGCCAAAGCCCCAGGCCUCGGGCCCUGAGCCGGAACUCUAUGCCUCAGUGUGCGCCCAGACACGCAGAGCCCGGGCUUCCUUCCCAGAUCAGGCCUAUGCCAACAGUCAGCCUGCACCCAGCUGAGGAGGACCUGCAACUGUGGGCAACCAUGGCUCGCUACUUGGUCAGGGACUCCUGCCGCCUUGGCUAGUUGCAUGCCUUCUUCCCGACUACCCUCAGGAGGUUGUGACAGUUGAUGUUACUUAGUG